AUGGAUUUCCCAGAAUAUAUUAUGAACAAUACAUCUACUUCUUCUUUAUAUUUGCAAACAUUCGACUCAGCUGAUGAGAAGCCUGACUUUCAUCAGUUGCUUCAAACUCUCAACGAUCAAGGCAAUCACGUGCAUCCAGAUUCCGAGCCAGUCACCUCGUCAGAGCCAUUCUUGGAGAGAAUCACAAGAAAUAAGAAAGAUAUCCGGAGGAGAUGCACUAAAUGUUAUCAUACGUUAACAAAGGAAAAAGGUCCAACUUACGCAGCAAGUCGAACGAAAAGGGUAACAACUCGAUGCAGCGUGUGCAAGACAUGGUUAUGCCAAUGGUGCUUUGAGAAUAUUCAUCCAAAAUGCGGCCCUCCGAGAAUUGAAUGUGGACGUUCUGCUCCAGUAAUGCCAACACCAGUGAUGGGAAUAGUCGAUGAAAUGUUAUUGAAUCGAUCCGGUGAACAGACAGACAGAACUCCUUCAAGAAAUCCCCAGAAAAUCCCCUCAACAAUCAAUGAUCCCCUUCAACAGUCAAGUUCUUCAAGAAACAACGAAGAAUUUGACAUCAACGAGUUCAUCGGGACCGAAUCAUCGUCUUUAUCCAAGCCAGAUGCAAAACGACCUCGAUUAGACGAAGAAACGCCAAAAACUGAAGCAAUGAAUCCGUUGUUUUUGCUUUUAAGCAAGAAAUUCUCUCAAUAUGAACGAGAAAUGCCCGAUUUGGCUGAGGAAAUGGAAAGCGAUUUGUUGGGAUUGUUGCAGAAAUAUGACAAAGAAGCCAAAUCGCUGAAGAAAUCUCAAAUGAAUGAAAGC